UUAAAGUAAUGGAUUCCAAAGAAUUGCUUAACUCGUCGGGUCAAGACGAAGCAAGGAAAAAUGCGCUCAUCAGUACCAAAGGAGGGACCGUGAUGGACUUUCAUCCACCCUUCAGGGGUGGAGCUACUGUACAAGCCCCUGUGUCUACAUCUCCUCUCCCCGCGUCUUCUCAGUCAGAUUCCAAACAGCAAGCUGCUUUGGCUGACUUUUCAAAAGGAUUAGUAAACAAUGUGCCUCAGCCAGACCUUUCCAAGGCAGUAUCGCUCUCGAUGGGACUGUACAUGGGUGACACAGACACAAAAGUGAUGGGAAACGACCUUGGAUUUUCGCAGCAGGGCCAAAUCGGCAUCUCUUCUGGAGAAACGGACUUCAGGCUCCUGGAAGAAAGUAUUGCGAGCUUGAACAAGUCCUCGAGCCUGGCCGAGGACACAAAGGGAGCAAUAUCUUCUGAGGUGCCGCUUGAGCCGGAUUUCCCAGGCAUGGCUGGCCGCACUGUCCCUUCAGAGUCAGGAACUGCAGUCCAAAGCCAGGUUGGGUCGAAUGGUGGCAACUUGAAGUUAUUCUCUGAAGACCAAAGCACCCUGGAUAUUCUCCAGGAUCUAGAAUUGCCGUCGGUAUCGCCUGGCAAAGAGCCCAAUGGGAGCCCGUGGAGGCUUGACCCGUUGCUAGAUGACGGUGGCUUGCUGUCCCCUAUAUCCGCAGACGAUGCGUUUCUUCUGGAAGGAAAUCUCAGCGAAGACUGCAAGCCUCCUAUUUUAUCUGACACUAAACCUAAAAUUAAUGAUCGUGGUGACCUUUUACCCAGUUCCAAAAUGCCGAUGCCUCAAGUGAAGACAGAAAAGGAAGACUUCAUUGAACUCUGUACUCCUGGCAUAAAGCAAGAAAACAUGGGCCCAAUUUAUUGUCAGGCAAACUUCUCGGGGUCUAAUCUGCUGGGUACUAAAGUCUCUGCCAUAUCUAUCCAUGGUUUCAGUACCUCUGAGGGACAAAUGUAUCACUAUGAUUUAAAUACUGCAUCGCUCUCACAGCAGCAGGAUCAGAAACCAAUUUUUAAUAUCAUUCCAUCUCUUCCUGCCGGUUCAGAAAAUUGGAAUAGGUGCCAGGGAUCAGGCGAUGAGACGUUAGCUCCUUUGGGAACGCUCAACCUUUCUGGCAGACCUGCUUUCUCUAAUGGCUAUUCAAGCCCUGGAAUGAGAUCAGAUGUAAGCUCUUCUCCAUCCACAACCUCAGCAACUACGGGACCACCUCCCAAGCUUUGUCUUGUUUGCUCUGAUGAGGCCUCUGGGUGUCAUUAUGGUGUUCUUACUUGUGGCAGCUGCAAAGUGUUCUUCAAAAGAGCUGUGGAAGGUAAGACAUGGCAGCAUAACUACCUGUGUGCUGGGAGAAACGAUUGCAUUAUUGACAAAAUUCGGAGGAAAAACUGUCCAGCAUGCCGCUACCGGAAAUGUCUUCAAGCUGGCAUGAACCUCGAAGCUCGAAAAACAAAGAAGAAGAUAAAAGGAAUUCAGCAGACUAACGUAACGGGAACGCGGGAUGUUUCUGAAACGCCUGGAAACAAGAGCAUCGUUCCUGCAUCCCUGCCGCAGCUGACCCCAACCCUGGUCUCCUUGCUGGAAGUGAUUGAGCCGGAGGUGCUGUACUCGGGCUACGACAGCACGCUGCCGGACUCGAGCUGGCGGAUACUGUCGACUCUCAACAUGUUGGGAGGACGGCAAGUAGUAGCUGCAGUAAAGUGGGCAAAGGCGAUACCAGGUUUCCGAAAUUUACAUCUGGAUGACCAAAUGACCCUUCUGCAGUACUCAUGGAUGUUCCUAAUGGCUUUUGCUUUAGGAUGGAGAUCGUACAAACAAUCAAAUGGAAAUCUCCUGUGCUUUGCCCCAGAUCUGAUUAUUAACGAGCAGAGAAUGAAUCUACCCUGUAUGUAUGAACAAUGCAAACAUAUGCUUAUGGUUGCCCGAGAGCUAUCACGGCUUCAAGUCUCAUAUGAAGAAUAUCUCUGCAUGAAAACGUUGCUUCUCCUCUCUACAAUUCCUAAGGAAGGCCUGAAGAGUCAAUCUUUGUUUGAAGAAAUCCGUAUGACGUACAUUAAAGAGCUGGGAAAGGCCAUAGUGAAAAGAGAAGGGAACUCAAGCCAGAACUGGCAGCGAUUUUAUCAACUGACGAAACUGUUGGACUCUAUGCAUGAUGUGGUUGAAAAUCUUCUGAGCUUUUGCUUCCAGACAUUUUUGGAUAAAUCCAUGAGUAUUGAGUUCCCAGAAAUGUUGGCAGAAAUCAUCAGCAAUCAGAUACCAAAAUAUUCAAAUGGAAAUAUCAAGAAGCUCUUAUUUCAUCAAAAGUGACUGCCUUAAUACAAAAGGGUUGCCUUAAGAAAACGUCAAAUGAUAGCUUUUUUUUUUGUAAAGAAAAAACCUACCAGACUUGUUAAUUUUGUCCUUGCAGCGGUGUUUCUUUUGUAAUUAUGCACUACAUGUGGUUUACAGAGGGCCAAGAUUUAGGCUGUAGAACCAACGGAUUUCUCACGUUGGGUAAAAAUACUGGGGAGAAAGGAAAGGAAAAGAAAUUUUAUUUGUCAGAAUUUACGUAUCUCCCCUCGCGCAACAUCCAUGGAUGCAUCAAAACCACCGGUGACAAGAUCUGAGGCUGUGUUAUGAACAUUCUGCUAAAUAAUUUCUGCAGUUGGCUGGAGACAAUUUUCUAGGCUUUUUUU